AUGAGUAGAAUCAGUAAGAACGUGAUUUUGGUGCUUUUAACUUUGACAAGUUCUGCAUUUCUGCUAUUUCAGUUGUACUACUACAAGCACUAUUUAUCAGCAAAGAAUGGAUCUGGUUUAUCAAAAUCCAAAGAAAGCCGAAUUGGAUUUGAUGGCACACAGUGGCGUGCAGUUAAAAAAUUUAUUAUGCUAACAUCCAGUCAAAAUGUACCCGUGUUCCUUAUUGAUCCUUUGAUUCUGGAAUUGAUUAAUAAAAACUUUGAACAAGUCAAGAAUACUUCUCAUGCCUCCUCCACUUCAGAAUGCAAGUUUUUCUGUGUCCCAAGAGACUUUACUACAUUUGCACUACAGUAUCAACUAUGGAAGAAUGAGGAAGGCUGGUUUCGGAUAGCUGAAAAUAUGGGAUUUCAGUGCCUAAAGGUCGAGAGCAAGGACCCCCGGCUGGAUUGGAUAGACUCACUUUCUGGGACUGAAAUCCCCCUGCACUACAUCUGCAAAUUGACCAGUCAUGCCAUCCACUUGGUGGUCUUUCAUGAGAGGAGUGGCAACUACCUCUGGCAUGGCCAUCUACGGCUGAAAGGACACAUCGACAGGAAGUUUGUUCCUUUUCGAAAGUUACAGUUUGGUCGUUACCCUGGAGCUUUUGACAGGCCAGAGUUACAACAAAUCACUGUUGAUGGCUUAGAUGUUCUCAUUCCAAAAGAUCCAAUGCACUUUCUAGAAGAAAUACCACACUCUAGAUUUAUUGAGUGUAGGUAUAAAGAAGCUCGAGCAUUCUUUCAGCACUACCUUGAUGAUAACACUGUGGAAGCUAUGACCUUUCAGAAGCGGGCAAAGGAAUUGUUGCAACUAGCAGCCAAAACAUUAAAGAAGUUGGGAGUACGGUUCUGGCUGAGCAGUGGGACUUGUCUAGGAUGGUAUCGGCAAUGCAGCAUUAUUCCAUAUAGUAAAGAUGUUGACCUAGGAAUUUUUAUACAGGAUUACAAAUCUGAUAUUAUUUCAGCAUUUCAAGAUGCAGGACUCCCACUCAAACACAAAUUUGGGAAGGUAGAAGACAGCUUGGAAUUGUCUUUCCAAGGAAAAGAUGAUGUAAAACUUGACAUUUUUUUCUUCUAUGAAGAGACUGACCAUAUGUGGAAUGGAGGCACUCAGGCCAAAACAGGAAAAAAGUUUAAGUACCUGUUUCCCAAGUUUACACUGUGCUGGACUGAGUUUGUAGACACAAAGUUUCGUGUGCCCUGUGAAACCGUCGAAUACAUCGAAGCCAACUAUGUUCCAUAUCUUUCACUUAUGGCCUAUGAACCAGUUUCCAUGGUAUGUAAACCUGCCUGUUCCCUCUCCUCUUCCAAUACUACAUCAGGACUCUGA